AGAAUGCCACUGUUGCUCGUUUUUGUUCUCGCAUUAUCGGUGACAAAAAGUGAGGCGAACGCACAUCAGAAACGUCACUGCAUUGUCUCUCUCUUUCUCCCUCUAGCUGUUGCAGGAGACGAAUGCCAUCGCUGGAAUGCCUCGUACGACUGCAACUACUUAGACCCUUGUUCGUGGAAAAACGCUGUUGAAAAGCGAUAUGACGGGGAGUUUGACGUCUGUAGGUGGUCUCAAUCUCCUGCACAGUGUGUAAAGCAGGUGGACUAUCAACCAAUACGGCAGAGGCGAAAACGUAGGAGAGCAGAAGGCGGUCACGAUUUCACGCCCACCUAUGUAUUUGACGAUGUGAAGCUAAACGGCACUUGGCUCGACCGUGAGAAUGGCAUGGUAUGCCUACCAUACAACGACUCCUAUGCUAUAGCUGAUCUCAGCCAGUAUGUUCAACCGCCUUGUACAGACUUCAUGCCGGAAAAUACGUUAGAACACGAAGUGGUAGAUUACAGUUACAUGACCUGGAUCUUUCUAGGUUCACAAUGCAAAGCGAAUGUCAAUACUCCAAUGAAAUGUCGAUAUAGCAAUAGUAUGAUGGUGAUGGAAGGAGCAAUAGAAAAUAAUAUAGAUGGAGACGACAACGAUUAUUAUUCUUGUUGGACCGUGGAGUCAAGGAGUUCGGUGUUGUACUACAUCGACGAUGAUGGCAAUCUGGUACUUCGUAUUGGACAGAUCGCCUGUUGUCCUGCUGGCGGAGACGUCGGUGAAACAGAUAGUAUACCGGUUGAUAUCAAAUUUACGGUUGGAGAUCAGGACGACGUCACUGUUACUAAUACGGAGAGCCUUAGAUCGUGUGACAACAACUCAAAACCGGUAGAUAUUUCAAUCAAAAUGUCGUCUGCAAAAUACAAGGGAAUAAGAGUGUACAACUACACGACACCUGUGGUUAGGUGUGUUGUUGUCAACAAUACCAAUAGCAGCAAACUGGGCAACGACUCUAUUAUGGUUACUCUACGAGAUGUUAUCCAGUGUUCAUUACACAUGGAAGUGUCGGCUGAGAGAACUCGCUGUAUACUCCGCCAUUCUUCUGCUUCUCUGGCUUUGUCGGUCACGUGUCCUGACGGGGUAUCACGAGUGCAUGAAUUGAACAUGUCAAUGUUGGAUUCAAAUUAUUCGAAGUCAGUGUACGUGUCAGAUAUUUCUGACCCAGGAUGCACAAUACAAGUUUUUGGACAAUAUCUGCAGCCACUUGCGUCUAACUGGACGGAGACAAGAGUCGAAGGUAAUGCGUUCUAUGUCACUGCAGCAGAUUUAAAGACAAGUACUGAAUCUACAGUAUGGAUUGCUCCAAUUGCAGCAAUCCUGACAAUCAUAAUUAUAAUCGCUGCUGUUGUUGUAGUCAGGUAUUUCUGGUUAAGACACAAACGUAAUAGACAUGGACAUCGAAAUGCACAUGACGUUUCGACUGACACACUGGAAUUAGUUUCCGAGCAACCUCAUCCACCAAUGACAGAAAACGACACUCUAGAAAACUCAAGAAGCACAGACGAGGCAGAUCAACUGAUGACCACUUCUGAUGCACAACAAGAUGUAGUAAAGGUUUCCUGCCUCUUUAGUGAAAAGGAUUCCUGGGUAAAACAGGAGUUGUUUCCAAAACUGGAACUUGACAAGAGAAUACGACUGAAAAAGUAUCCAGUUGUGGGUCAAACUAAACCAGAUGCUAUUGUCAAGCAGGUGAAAGGAAGCAGCAGAAUUAUUAUCAUCAUCAGUCACAACUACUUGAAUGAAGAAAUGAGUGGUUAUGCCAUCAUCAAAGCUUUGAUGGAGACGAUAAAAAACAGCAAUGUGAAUAUCAUACCAAUCCAUUUGGAUGACAGUUGUGUACCUGAAGUGAUCAUUCACUACUGCUGCCUUCAUAUAAAUUCAGACAAUUUUUGGAAUCGACUCCUAGAAGCAGUAAUUGAAGACAAACAAAUUUUGACUAAUUAGUUCAAACAUUGAUAGCAAACUGGCUGAUGUCAUUGCUUGGACGUGUGUUUGUUUUACUUUAAAAUAUGUCUGUGUUGUCUAUUGUUAUGCAGUGUAAACGUAUUCACAUUCUACCAAGAUCGUAAUGCAUAGCAAUUGCUAGUUAAAGAUUAGAAUUUAUGUACAAAUUUAUUGGACUUAUACGUUGUUCCAAAAUUAGAAUUAAUGUGAAG